AUGCCUCUCUUUCUCUCUCCCUCUGCCUCUCUUUCUCUCACCCCCCUCUCUUUCUCUCUCCCCAUGCCUUUUUUUUCUUCCCCUUGCCUCUCUUUCUCUCCCCGCCUCUCUUUAUCUCUCCCCUGCCUCUCUUUCUCUACCCCCGCCUCUCUUUCUCUCUCCCCAUGCCCUCUUUCUCUCCCCCAUGACUCUCUUUUCUUCCCCUGCCUCUCUUUCUCUCUCCCCAUGCCUCUUUCUAUCUCCCCGCCUCUCUUUCUCUCUCCCCCCUGUCUCUCUUUCUCUACCCCUGCCUCUCUCUCUCUACCCCCCUCUCUUUCUCUCUCCCCACUGCCUCUCUUUCUCUCCCCUGACUCUCUUUCUCUCCCCUGCCUCUUCUCUCUCCCCACUGCCUCUCUUUCUCUCCCCUGCCUCUCUUUCACUUCCCCUGCCUCUCUUUCUCUCUCUCCAUGCCUCUUUCUAUCUCCCCCGCCUCUCUUUCUCUCUCCCCUGCCUCUCUCUCUCUCCCCCUGCCUCUCUCUCUCUCCCCCUGCCUCUCUUUCUCUCUCCCCCUGCCUCUCUCUCUCUCUCUCUCUCUUUGCUGUCUCAAUCAAUAUCUAUCUAUAUAUCUAUCUAUUUAUUUAUCUAUCUAUCCCACUCGAUUUAAUUUUUAUCUAUCAUACUCGAUUUAAUUUCUAUCUAUCUAUCUAUCUAUCUAUCUAUCUAUCUAUCUAUCUAUCUAUCUAUCUAUCUAUCUAUCUAUCUAUCAUUCUAAUUUUUCUAUCUAUCGAUCUAUCUAUCUAUCUAUCUAUCUAUCUAUCUAUCUAUCUAUCUAUCUAUUAUUCUAAUUUUUCUAUCUAUCUAUCUAUCUAUCUAUCUAUCUAUCUAUCUAUCUAUCUAUCUAUUUUUUCUGUCUAUCUAUCUAUCUGUCUAUCUAUCUAUCUAUCUAUCUGCAGCAAAUAA